AUUGAUAUGAUAAGACCGUACUACACCGCCCACCGCGAUGAGCGCCCACCCAUUUCAAGUUCAUAUCUAUCUCUGUAUAUUCCCCGCUGUUUCUCUCUUGGCUAACUUCCCGCGACCACCUACUUUACCCAUCAUCCGUGCAUAUCCCUAGCGCACCUUCCGAGCUCAUCGCCGUCGCGAAGUGUGUACCCAGAGAACUUGCAUAGUGCAGGUGUAUAUGCCAACCUAUCUCUAGAAUAGACACGUACUUUAUUGACGUGCACUCGUGUCAAGUGCUGAUGCGCUAUAUUACCCAGGUGUGAUAUUGGCUCAUAGCCUGAGGACCACAGGAUGGACGGUGUGUGUGUUUUGUGCACACUUUCCAUCACGGCCAUCGCCUGGAAAGACGUAGCACCUGUCUCACCUCACGAGGAUAUUGUGUGCUUCUUUGAUUCAUAUGGUCGUGGUUACUUGGAUGCUCCUCAAGUAACUUAUGAUACCACCCUUUACAUCACCCAAAUCACGCUCUUUGUGCAACCCGUUAAACGGGAGUUGUCGAAUUACGGUCUACUACGGCAAAUUUAUCUUCAGUCAAUAAAUGCCCGUUUCACUCAGUCGCCGACCCUCUUUACAUCUAAGAGGUCAACCUCUCGCACCCUGAUGUUCAUGUUCCAUCUCCACGCAGUAUCACGCUCAUCUACUGCGAGACAGAUAUCAACGUUUCAACAAACUUCUAAGACAUCUUUUGAAUUCUUCCGAUCCCUGGACCUCUGGAGAGUUUCGAUAGACGAGGCCUAUGUCGAGUCACGAAAUGUUUCACCCUGCCAAAUUCCCGCCACCUAUGAAGUGAUGGCUUUUGAAAAUACUUUGCGCCAAAUCGUUUGUGGCGUCAGUACCGCACGCUUCUCUGUUCCUCAUCCCAUCAUCCCGUCAGUAUCAUGGCUCACGCUAUGUUAUGAAGGACCACUAACAACUUGGCUAUCGGGUAACACCUGGCUUCUUGUCCAUGGCACUGUAGUGCUCUUUGUUGCACUAAACUCGUGGCGUAGCUCUGUUGAUGUGUUCGCUGCAGACACCAAGGUAUUGAAGGUUUCGCUGUUUCCGAUUGACGCGGCACAGAGACAAGUGAUCAGCAUGUCGGCUGACCUUGGAACUAGAUCAAGCCGAUGUGCUCACCGUGGCUACAAUCAGGCGAUCCCCGACACUACACAUUAA